GCAGCCUGCCUUUGCCUCACUCGCCCGCGAACCGUGAUCUGUCCGCUCUUUGGCUCUCGGGUUCUGCUCUGUCCGCCGCUGCCGCCAUGGCCCAAGCUGACAUCGCGCUGAUUGGACUGGCUGUCAUGGGCCAGAACUUAAUUUUGAACAUGAAUGACCACGGCUUUGUGGUCUGUGCCUUUAACAGGACGGUCUCCAAAGUCGAUGAUUUCUUGGCCAAUGAGGCAAAAGGAACCAAAGUGGUCGGUGCUCAGUCCUUGAAGGAGAUGGUCUCCAAGCUGAAGAAGCCCCGGCGCAUCAUCCUCCUCGUGAAGGCCGGUCAGGCUGUCGACGAUUUCAUCGAGAAACUGGUACCAUUGUUGGACACUGGUGACAUCAUCAUUGAUGGAGGAAAUUCUGAAUAUAGGGAUACCACAAGACGGUGUCGAGACCUCAAGGCCAAGGGAAUCUUAUUCGUGGGGAGUGGAGUUAGUGGUGGAGAGGACGGGGCCCGAUACGGCCCAUCGCUCAUGCCAGGAGGAAACAAAGAAGCCUGGCCCCACAUCCAGGCCAUCUUCCAGGGCAUCGCUGCGAAAGUAGGAACUGGAGAACCCUGCUGCGACUGGGCAAGGGGCUUCCCCUGCGGCAGCCCCGUUUCUCUCACGUCAUUUUCUCUCACGUUCUGCACGCAGGCCUUCCAGGAGUGGAACAAGACCGAGCUAGACUCAUUCCUGAUCGAAAUCACAGCCAAUAUUCUCAAGUUCCAAGAUACCGAUGGCAAGUUCCUGCUGCCAAAGAUCAGGGACAGUGCAGGGCAGAAGGGCACCGGGAAGUGGACUGCUAUCUCUGCCCUGGAGUACGGCGUCCCUGUCACCCUCAUCGGAGAAGCUGUCUUUGCUCGAUGCUUAUCAUCUCUGAAGGACGAGAGAAUUCAAGCGAGCAAAAAACUGAAGGGUCCCCAAAAGAUCCAGUUUGAAGGUGAUAAGAAAUCAUUCCUGGAGGACAUUCGGAAGGCCCUCUAUGCUUCCAAGAUCAUCUCGUACGCUCAAGGCUUUAUGCUGCUGAGACAGGCGGCCACUGAAUUUGGCUGGACCCUCAAUUAUGGCGGCAUCGCCCUGAUGUGGAGAGGGGGCUGCAUCAUCCGAAGUGUAUUCCUAGGAAAGAUAAAGGAUGCAUUUGAUCGAAACCCAGAACUUCAGAACUUACUACUAGAUGACUUCUUUAAGUCAGCUGUUGAAAACUGCCAGGCCUCCUGGCGGCGGGCAGUCAGCACUGGGGUCCAGGCAGGCAUCCCCAUGCCCUGCUUCACCACUGCCCUCUCCUUCUAUGACGGCUACAGACAUGAGAUGCUGCCGGCCAACCUCAUCCAGGCUCAGCGGGAUUACUUUGGGGCUCACACCUAUGAACUCUUAGCCAAACCGGGACAGUUUCUCCACACUAAUUGGACAGGCCAUGGUGGCAGCGUGUCGUCCUCUUCAUACAAUGCCUGAUCAGACUGUUGUGUCACCCUCCAUGAUUCCAUAGACCGGGACAUUCCACGUGCCACACAGCACUGCUUACGUGGCCCUUUGCCCUCUUCUCUGCUCAGAUCUCUUAAAGUGUUGUAAGACACUCCUGAAAAGGCCAGAGCCUAUUUGUAAAGUAGUUCUGUGAGAGCCAUCCUGCCCUCUGUCCUGCUUCUUGGGACUGACCGGGAGCUGGUCAUGCGUGUGACAACCAGCUCCUUGCAGCAGUCGUUUCCACGGGUCCCCUGCGUGUAGUGAGGCUCUCAUCAGAUAGAUGGGAAGGCGUUUGUCCAAUUUGAUCAAACUGGAAACUUUGUAUCAUGCAGCUGAAUUCCUUUCUCCUCUACUCAAUAAAGGCCACAU